AUGAGCAACUCUUUGAAUUUGAACGCUGCCAAGGUCACCAAUGUCCGGCCAAUGGCCAACGAGGACGCUAAGUGGCUCCAGCUCAGCAAGAUCGAUUACCUGUCUCCUGAUGGCAAGGCCCGCCAAUGGGAGAUGGCUUCACGCAGAACUCGCCCCGAGGGCACGUCUGUAGACGGUGUCGGCAUCAUUGCUAUCAUUGAAAAGGACUCAGGACCUGAGGUCGUUUUGCAGAAGCAGUUCCGUCCUCCUGUCGAGGGCGUGUGCAUUGAGAUGCCUGCUGGAUUGGUCGACCCUAAUGAGUCCUUACAAGAAUGUGCUAUGAGAGAGCUUAAAGAGGAGACUGGCUAUGUUGGCAAGGUGCUCACCACUGGGCCGCUCGUUUUUAACGACCCGGGUUUUUGCAACACCAACACGGUAAUUGUGACUGCCAGUAUCGACAUGGCAGAUCCACGCAACCAGAAUCCGCAGCCCGAGCUUGAGGAGAACGAGUUCAUCGAGAUCUUCACUCUUCCGUUGGCUACGUUUUACGAAAGUCUGGAGGACUUGGCCAAACAAGGAUACAAGCUCGAUGCUCGUUUACAGAACAUUGCAAUGGGAUUGAAGCUUGCAAAACUGUAUGGUAGCAAUUGA